AUGGAGGGCUAUCACCCAGAGCUGAAGGUGAUACUUGAUGAUGGAAACUACACGUACUGGAAGGCAAGGACGAGAGCAAAUAUUCAAUGUAUUGAUGAGGCCGCCUGGUACUUGACUGAGCAUGGAUGGAAACCACCUACAGUCACGAUUGAAGGAGUAACUACAGCAGUGCCUCGAGAACGCUGGACUGCCAACGUGAUGAUUACAAGUUCAAUGCUAGAGCACUGGCACAGAUCAAUGAUCCACUUUGAAGGGACAAGUCAAGUUCAAAGCUCAAGGAAGGAUCUAUUGGCAACUAAGUUUGAGAAUAUGAGGAUGGAGGAACAUGAGUCAAUUGCUGACUUUAGCUCGAAACUUAGCUCACUCGUUCAGGAGUCUCGUACCCUGGGAAAGGUAUACAAGGAUGCUAAGUUAGUGAAGAAACUUCUUCGGUGUCUUCCAGACAAAUUCACAGCAUACAAGGCUGGACUAAGUGCAAAUCCUAUCUUUGGGACGAUCUCCUAUGACGAGAUGGUGGGAAAACUGCAGCUACACGAACUGGAACUAGGAGGUGUCAAAAAGGCUAAGGGUAUUGCACUCAUAUCAACGGAGAAACAGGAAGAAGAGCCUGAAGAAGACAGUAUCAGUCUUGCCUCGUGUCAACAAUGGAAGGAAGCCUAUGACAAGAACGAGGGGACGAGUAAAACCGAGUCACAGUGUCAUGAAUGCAAGGGAUAUGGACACUUCAAGACCGACUGCCCCACUGUCAAGAGGAGAAGCAUUACUUGCUACAAGUGCAAAGGAAUAGGUCAUACACAACAAGAAUGUGAGUAUGAUGAGAAGAUGGGGAAGUCGAUGAUGGGUGUUGCUGAUGAAGAUUCUGAAGGAGAGUCUGAAGAUGAGGAAGAAGUCAAUGAUGAAUCUGAAGUUGAUAUCCAUGAAAGCUAUAAGGAAGUUCGUAAUGCCUUGGUAGAAGUUGGGAAGGAAAACAUUGAGCUCAAGAAGGAGAAUACUCGUCUUACUGCACGAGUUGACGAACUUCAGAAAGCACUUCAAGCCGAGAAGGAUCUCAACAUGGAUAAUCUUAACAUCGUGCUUGAAAAGAUGGAUGCAGUUAAACGAGCAGACGACAUUACCAAGGAGUACUUUCUGGAAAAGGAGAAUUCCAGAAAUCUACAAGCUGAAUUGGAUCAACACAGAAAGCAACUCAAGAUGCUGACUGGUACUAAGGAACUCGACAAGAUUCUGAGCAUUGGCCGUGUAGGGAAGUCAAAUCUUGGUCUAGGAUACACACCAGCAGUGUUACAACUGGAAGAAUGUCAAGUUUGUCUCUGGAGGGUUGGCUCAGGAUGUCCAUCAAGCAGAUACUAA